AUGAAUCCGCCAGAGAUGAACUUGGUUCAGCGGGCCAGCAUCUACGAAUAUUCAAAGCAAGUUAGCAGUCUGGAUAGGUUCCUGUCGCACACCUGGCAUACCCCUGGUUGGAGGAAAUUCUUGUCGCUUCUGGUCCAGUCCGGUUCCCGAUUCAUGCUGGCUUGCUGGGCUAUGGGCACAGGCCUUGCCUUUGCCCUGUGCAUGCUGGAUGUUCUGCCUCUGUUCUACACCACAAGAACCUGGGCCCUACAACAGGACAUGGCUGUAGGAUGCUGGGUGACGCUGGGCGGCCUGGUGUCGGGAAUCGGAAGCUUGUUCGUGGUUAGUAGGGCAGACGAUCUCAUGAAACGAGGGAUCUACAACAUUGGAGGCGUCCUGGCCGUUUCGGCAAACUUGCACGUGCUGUGGAGCGCGCCUUACUUGUCCAGGUUGUGGUGUGUGUUUGAGCUGGCUGCAUAUCGCAAGAUGAAUCCGACUGGAAGGAUUACAAAAGCUCCGUUGUAUCUCGAGAGCUUUGCAUGCCAGAUUUUCCUGUGUUUCCAUGCCGCCAGCAUCGGGCUGUCCUUUGCAAGAAUAUUCUAUGAUCUGGGCCAAAUAUUCGUUCUCGCCCUGCUUCUAGGAGCAGGCGUGUGUUCCUUUCCCGUUGCAUACUCGCUACGGCAGAAGAGCCUCGAAAGACAACGCCUCCUUUUGGGCUUGGACACCUUCGAGGUGAGGGAAGUGGAGUGCCGUGACGAGUUCGACCGCAACUACAUACACAAUGCAAUCAAAAGCUGGUACGGCAGCUUAGACGCUUUUUCUGAGUACGUUCGCGGCCCUUUCCGGGAGGAAGUACACCUUCAUUUUCAGCUUCCAGUUCUUUACAACUGCAUCAUCAUGACUCCGUUGACCGCGUUUUGUCUUGACUUUGUUGUGGCAAUGCUCAAGACCAAUGCGCCCGCUGGAGAUGUCCUGGCCUACGUCUUGGGUUUCAUUGUCGCUCAAAACAUGCUUUGGUAUCCUGCUUCCCUGACUCUGCUCGUCUAUGCCUGCGAACAUUUACCCGCCAGCGCUUUCAGAGGGAACCUUUACUUGCAGACUUUGGCGAUAUCUGGCGGCUUGUGGAUCCUUUACGCCCUUGGAGUGGGGUACUGGGCUCCGCAGCCGUCGGAUGUGCCGGCGCCUGAGUCAGUCUUGGACGCCUUGGCCUUGCUCGAUGUGUACACCGGACCCACGGAGUGUGCGCCACAGGGCUACCUGGAUUGCUUUUACAGAGACUUUCUGCAAGCUCACGACCAGUACCUGCACGAUCAUCAGCGCCUCAUCGACCAGGCGGAGAUCGAGGCUUCGGCGCCCAUGCCAUGGCUGCCCCUUCGCGUCAUGGAGACCGUCGACCUCGAGGUUGCCGUCUGGCCGCACUUAUACUGGUGCCGGAGUAUGUGCGAGACCUUUGUGCGCAGCACGGAUGAGCGUCGCCUGGCAGCAAGGAUGCCAUGGACACGGUCAAGGGCGGGAACGCUGACGCGCAGCAGGACGACCCCGGGCAGAUGGACGCGCAGCUGGAUGAGGCACAGGAGUGCCGAGAAUGCCAACACCGAGGACGAGGAGCCCGCUGGCGACGGCCACGAAGCGGAGGUGAAGGAGGCCCGCCAGAGCGCCAAGUUCGUGUACGAUCUUUGGCUUUGGAGCUCCCUGGGCGGUGCGCGGAAUGCGGCACCCACGUCUCUUCGGGGCGCUUUGGCUGGACGAUCCUUCUCGCCCUUGUGUUGGCGCAACAUGCAUGCUGGCCUCGUCGACUGCGCCCGCCAGAUUGGGUUCUUCAGCCUUUUCAUCACCAUCGCGCCCUUGGAGAUGUCGGCGCCGUACCACCGUUGGCUGGAGGACGAGCUCCGCAAAGCCUGCCGCUCCCGCACACACCUACCAGCAGCAGAAACAUUCCACCUGGCCCAUCUCCUCUUUCAAGUAGCGGAGGGCCUCCUUGCUGGCACCAACAAGCAGCAGAGUCGUGUGCACCUCCACUUGCUCGUCUGGUUGAAGAACUGCGAGCACGUCGACUGGCCUCGCAUUAUCUGGGCCGACAUCCCGAACCCGGAGACCGAACCAGCUGCGCGACCUCGUCAACGGCUCUCAGCUCGACUGGGAGCGCAGUGCCUGGGCCCUGCGGAACGGCCCCGCGGAGUAUGCGCUCCAGUGCCACAUGGACGUGCAGAUGGGCGAUGGCCGCGGGUUGCCUUGCAGUACUCCUCCACCUACACUGCGAAGUUCAGCGACCAGUUCGCCACGAGUUGGCCCAACGAGGAGGCGACCGAUUUUCAGCUGGCCAGGAAAGUGCUCAUGGAGUAUCACCCCUUGGAACCCGAAGUGUGGCUGCAGCCGGGGGGUCAGCGGUUCCGGCAUUUGUUGCAGACCGGCAUCCUGCGACGGGUCGUGCUCCGCCCUCCGUGGCGAGGGUUCCAGCCAACGCGGUGGGAGCAGCUGUGCAUGGCUUCUGCCUGGUGCUCCGAGGACUGCACGCUGCUCCAGUUUCUGCGGCUGUGCACCGAAGCCGGCGAGAAGCGUAAGAAUCAGCGCCGCGUGCUCGUGGCCGCCGCGAUGGACUCCCUACCAGGAGAGCUUCUUCGGGCAGUGGCUCCUCUUGAAUGUUAUCGCAUGUUGGCGCUCUGCCUUUUGAAACGUCCGGGCUUCUGGCGCCGCCCUCACGACGUCCAGGCCGAGCUGCAGUUGGAGGGCUACCGCGACGCUCACAUCUCGAACGUCCUGAGCAUGCUGGAGAGUUGUACCGGGGUCAUCGACGCCUACCUGGCCGGGGACCUCUCGCUGGACAACCACGGCCUACCGCUGCCCGACUACUUUCUCCAUGCGCCGGAGGUCGGGUACCGCGGUGAGCUGGGCCCAGAGCAGGCAGUGGUUGUGGAGCACGUGCGGACGAUGGUCAACAUGGCGCUGCAGCAGCGCUACCCCGAGGAUGCGGACCCGGAUGCCAUGCAGACUUUCGUCCGGUUCUGGCAAGAGCACGGCCGUGGAAGUAGCCAUCCGUUGAGCGGCGGAAGCUGGGGCGCACGUGGGCAUUGCGUGCCCCACUGGGAUGCUGGCCAGCGCUUACCGCGUCAAGUUCCCCGGCUUUUGGACGUGGACACUCUGCACGGCGUGUUCCUUCUCCACCUUCCACAGGAGCAAACCUGGGACUGCAUGUUUUGCAUUGACAUGGUGGUCAUCGACGAGGUGGGCCAGCUGUCACAGCACACCGUGGAGCGCCUUCCACCAGCUUCGGGGCAUGGACAGCACUCGCGCGUGCAACAGCCCCCGUUGGCAGCAAUUUGUGGUGCGGCAUCUGCGCACCAUGCGGCGCUGCAAGUGCCCGGAUCUGCGCUGGAAGCUGGACUGCGAAGCCGGAUCGGGAGCAGCUGCUGCGCAUCCUCCGUGGGCACCGGGCCAUGCCGGAUCGUGGGCCCGGACAUCCUUCAUGAGACCCCGCAGACCCUUUUCCUGACCAUCACUCGCCGCAGCGCCGCCCUCCUGAACGACUUGGCCGUGCAAGCUCUCUACGCCGACGCGGCCCCGCUUUGCUAUGUGCCGGGCGACUACGAGAGCAACGUCGGCAACUACGAUCACGCCGGCCAGCUCGUGGACUGCGAGCCCCUGCAGGUUCCCAUCUACCAGGGCAUGCGGGUCACGCUGACCUGCAAUCUGCAGAAGGAGCAAAAUUUCGUCAACGGGAUGAGCUGCACGGUGCUGGGCGUUCAGCGCAAUUCCGUCUUGGUCCGAACCCAAUGCGGCAACGUGCUCUCCGUCUUCCCCUACACGGACGACGAGAUCGUCAUUCACGGACAGCAGCGGCGGGCCACCUACUUGCCUCUGCGGCUGGGCUACGCGGUCACUCUCAUGAAGGUCCAGGGUGCCACAUUGCAGCAUAUCACCCUGUGGCUGGAUGUGCCAAACGUCGAGGCCGCCGCCUACGUGGCGCUGUCCCGGGUGCAGCAUGACAAGGACUGGCGCUUCCUGGGCCACCUGACGCGGCGCCAUUUCACCCCUGCCUCUGGCAUCUGA